AUGGAAUUUGCCAAAACUAGUGGGAGAUAUGUUUGGAACUGCAUUCUCCAAAAUCCUGGACAAGCAUUGUCUAGAGGGCAACAACUUUCCAACGUGGUACUGCAAUAUCAAGAUAUCAUGGCUAUCAAAAAGAUUGCGUAUGUACUAGAGCAAGCUCCUGGCUCGUGUUGGGUAAUCACAUCAAGAUAUAUGUCUGGAACCUCAUUCGCCAAAACCCUAGAAAAGCAUUGUCUAGAGGGAUGUAACUUUCCAACAUGGUACUUCAAUCUCAAGAUAUUCACGAAUACUGAAAAGAUUGUGAGCUCCAGAGACAAUGAGAAUAUGAUCCAUGCUGCUGACAUGAUAUUCCAUCUUCGAGAGCUUUAUAGAGAAGGCACAUGCAACAAACGCUUCAGUGCUGUGAGUGAGCUUAUGAAAACCAAAAUGGUCAAGGGAGCACCAGUUCACCAACAUGGACUGAAGAUGAUUGGACUCAUUGAGCAGCUGGAAAUUCUUGACAGUCCAUUGGACCCUAGUCUAGCCACCAACAUCUUCCUUGUAUCUUUUUCCGAUUCCUUCUCCCAGUUUGUCAUGAACUACAAUAUGGGGAAGAUGGAGCACACUCUCUCAGAGCUACUAAAUAUGUGUGUGAUUACUAAAAAGACCUUCAAGAAGGAAGGAGGAUAUGGAACAAUAGCUGUUUUUAAGAAGGGAUCAACUUCUGCUGCUAAGCCUAAUCAGAAAGGUAAAGGUAAAUUUAAGGCCAACAAGAAGAAGAAGGGGAACCCUGCUCUCAAACCCAAGGGAGGCGUCGAGAAGAAGUAG